AAUUUGUGAAGAUACAAUUCGAAUGAAUUUUUAAUAGCUUUGCUUGCUACAACACUAUCCAAGUCCUCACUCUAUAUGUCCAACUAAAUAGUUUUGAAAGGUCAAAAUAUUUGAGCUUUUGCAUAAAUCGAUCUGAAAGCCUAAUCACUAAGGAAUUAACUUACUCUAGUCAUCAUAACGCACAUCUACCCCUAAAAGAUCUUAAGGUGUUAAUAGGUUCGUAGCUAAUAUCAGGUAUGCAUGGAGAUGUGUCAAUAUUGAUGAAGAUGUUAAUAGGGCACGAUUUGAAAUGGAUCUGGAAUUCUACUCAUCUACUCAUUUGAAAUACUGCUUUCUCCUAGCACUCCCAAUUUUGUUAAUAUGGGUUAUCUUGGUUCCGAUAAUUGCACUUAAGGUAGUGUUACAUAACAAGGACCAUAUGUUCCAAGGAUUUACUCCAAAUCGCUUCUAUUGAGAAUUCAUAAAUCUCUUAAGAAAAUUCUUAUCAGUAUUCUGUCUAGUCUUUUCGACAUACACUAGAAUUGUCUUUGAAACAAUGAUCUUAUUCAUUACAUCAAGAGUUCAGAUUUCACUAAAACCUUACAAAGAAGAGAAGCACAACAAAAUAGAAGUUCUAGCUAUAAAUGCUUGCAUUAUGACAAUUCUAUCAGAUUUGACUUUCUCAGAGUCAGCAAAAGUUGAAUCAUUAGAUACAUGAGAAUUGCUGCUUGCUCUAAUCGCCCACUCGAUAUUCGUUGGUCAUUGGAUCAGCUUACUCUCAAGAUCAUUUGGAGAAAAAUCAAAGUUUGCCAGAACGAUUUUUGGCAUAUUAGAAUGCCUCUUCUGUAUUGGUGAUACUAUAAAAAAUGAGAUAAGCGGAAAAGAAGUCAACAAACAGCAAGCUUCAGAUAUAAACAGUAAUAACCGAUGUUAAUAUCCUACAGAAAUCCCUGAAGAAAGCACGGACAGACACAAUAAACAUGGCUUAUCCAGUAUUUCUUGAAAUUUGACAUAAUCUCAGUCGCUGGAAUUGAGUCCCUACUAUUCUCACCACUAAAUGUGUUACGAAUUACUUAUUCCUCA